AUGAGCUUGUACCUUGUAUGUCAGAUCGCCCAUAGCGAUUGCGGUAGUCACCCUUGUAAUCUCGCGGACCUGCGUGGUCAGACUAGUAGCCAUGGUGUUCACAUUGACUGCGAGCUCCUGCCAGAUGCCCUGGAUGCCCUCGAUAUUGGCCUGGCCCCCGAGUGUCCCGUCGGUAUCAACCUCGCUAGCGACCUUGGAAACUUCCUGGCUAAAACCUUGCAGCUUAUCCCUCAUUGUGUUGAUUUUCUGCUUGAAGGUCGAGAAUUCCUUCUCGAAAGGCUCAUUGAUGUGGGUCUGUUUGCAGAGUUCCUUAUGAGACCUGAUAUGCCAUUUGGUCGCCCACGGCUCGACGUGGAGCCAUACAAAGACCAAAUUACCAUGCUUCUGGCACAGAAGAUACCUAUAAGCAAUAUUUUAGACAUUUUACACGAAUACUACGGUCUCAAAAUGUCACCGAGGACAUUCAAACGUCGCACGCGGGCCUGGGGCAUCCAACAGCGAGCACCAAAUGGUAUCACCAAUAACAGAGCCUUACAAAUGCGUGUUGAGACCCUUAUCUGUGAGGGUAAUCUCUCUUCGAAAGAGAUCCUUCAGGUACUUUCGCUCGAUGAAACACCUAUCUCUACCGACACACUCAGGCGAAUUCGUAGCCUACUUGGUAUACGUCUUCGCAUUGACGACCAGGAUGAUCAGGAGCAGCAGGAGGACGAGAUACUCGAGAUAUUAGUGGACCAACAGGCCAUUGGCCUUGUUGAAGGAUAUGGAAAAGGUCACCUCUGGGCCCAUCUACGCCGUCAUGGUCAUGUCUUCGCCCGAGACCGAAUCUUCGAUCGGUCUCGCGGUGCAUACCGAUGCCCUGGGCCGAAUUUUGUAUGGCAUAUUGAUGGCUAUAUGAAGUUAGAGCUCUUCGGGAUCGAGAUAUAUGCUGCGGUUGAUGGGUAUUCGCGCUAUGUUACCUGGUUUUACGUGGGCAUCAGCACGCGGACCGGAUUCAGUGUCCUCCACCAGUAUCUGAAUACAAUAUCGACCACUGGUUUCCAACCGCGCGCGAUCCGCUCUGACUAUGGUACAGAGACCAUGCUGAUCGCAGACGCCCACUAUGCAUUAAGAAAAGCUGGCGCUGAGGCUGUUGAUGGCCACCCAGAACUACAGUUUACCGACUGCUUUUGGUACGGUCGCAGCACCCAAAACCAGCGCAUCGAGUCCUGGUGGGGACAGCUUACAAGCUCUACGAACUUCGUAUGGCGUGAGCUUUUUAGUUGGCUUCAAGAGCGAGGCUACUACGAGGCGUCUAAGAUCGACAAAGUUGCACUUCUUGCUGUUUACAUGCCUUCAAUUAAGGAUACAUGUGCGGAGUUCGUGCUCACAUGGAACUCCCAUCGGAUCAGGAAGCAGAAGGGUCGCCCCUAUAGCGUUCCAGGCAAGCCAUGGUUGAACUACUAUUACCCAGGGCGUGACGAGGAGGAUAUUAAGGAUUAUAGGCAUCAUAUUGACCCUACAAAGCUUGAUGCUAUCAAGACUGACGUGGGGAGUUGGGAUACUGACGUAUAUCUACCUACAGAGACUAUACACUGGUGCCGUACUCAGCUACUGGGCAUGGGCUUUGACCCUGAAAAACCACCAGCGAGAGACCAUGGCACCCACCCAUAUGUCAAUACCUACCUUCGGUUACGGGAGCUCGCUGUCGAUCAUACCGAAGGGGGCCUCUUUCCCGUCCUCUCACUAUGCGAGAAGCCAACUAUGCCCCCUAACUGGGCGCAGGAUUAA